AUAUCGAGCAUCCAAAAGCUGCGGUGGCGAUGGACGAUGGACAGCUUCCGAUUUCGUGUUAGAAUUUGAAGUUUAUUGUUAGUUUGUGUUAAUAAUGGCGUAUUAUUGGAGCUAGUUGCAUGUAGGAUACUAUUUCUCAAUUUGGUGCGUCGGUAGCAGUUCUUAGUUUUCGUAAAAAUGUGGUCUGGCACAAGUAAUGCCAGCAGUAAUGCGGAAUAUUCUCAAUGGGCGCUUAACCCUUCGGCUUAUCAAAACCUCUCUCAUGAUGAAAUUGACUGGGCGCAGCUUGCACAACAAUGGAUUCAGAUGAAAGAUACGUUUCCACCUGACCAGGUACCUCCGGCACCCCCACCCCCUCCCAUUGGACCCAUAGGGCGUGAACGAGAAAUAGUCAAAGAAGUACAUGAUGUUGGGCCUGAGGGUGGUGAAGCACCCAUGGAUAUGGAAACUAAGGAGGAAGCUAUGGAAUCUUCUAGUUCUCUUCCUCCUGGUGACCCAGCUGACCCAUCUACAUGGGGUACAUGGAAUAACUGGGGGGCUGGACCAUGGGAAUGGCCUAACAAUUCAGUGCCACCACCAGCAAACAUUGUUGUUCCCCCUACAUACGGGUAUAACACAGCAGGUGGCCAGGCCUUGUUGGAUGGAGCAGUAGCUAGUAGCUUUGAGUACAACCAUGGCAACUCAGAAUCAGCCUCCACACCCACUGGUGGAUUUUGGCCAGGCCCUGGAGCUGCUCCCGGUCCUGCACCCCCUCAUCAUGCAGGCAAUGAUGCUGCCCCUGCGCACCCAUUUGCCAAGCAGCCGAGGGGCGGUACUUGGAAAAGGGGUGGCAGCCGCCCACCGGCCAGAGACCGAUUUCUGCGAAGUGACAGGAAGUCUGCGGAGAUUGAAGAUGUGGACACCACACAAACCAUUGAUGCUGCUAAACGUCGAAAUUUGCCUGGCUGGAUUAGGGAAGGCCUUGAGAAAAUGGAAAGAGAAAAGCAGAGAAAGAUAGAAAGAGAGCUACAAAUGAAAGAGAGAGAGGAAAUGCUUAGACAGAAAAUUCAGGAAGAGGAGGAGGCAUUAGCAGAGGCUGAUGAGCCAAUGAUUCCCAAAAAGAGCAAAUUUGAAAGUGACUCUGAAGAUGAAGAAAAGCAAAGCUUGAAUCAGGAAAAACGGAAAUCUAGAUUUAGUGAUGCUGAAAGUCCCAGCCGGAGAGGGAAAUCUCCCACUCCAGAGCCUGAAGAGCCCCCAAAGAGCAAGGAGGAAAUCAUGCAAGAAGUGAUGGUGAAGGUACGCCGUAUGUUAACAGAGGUGCUACUGGAGGUGACUACAGAAGAAAUGCUGUCGGUAGCUGAGGAUGCAUUCAAUAGGGCCCGAACUAAAGCUCCAGCAGCAACAGUGCAGAAGACACCGGCAUUAGCAUCUUUGACCGGUAAACUUGGUUUGGGAAUCUAUGAUGACAGCGAAGACAGCGACUCGGAGAAUGAAGGGGACACCACUCGGCCUGCGAACGGCGACGAUUCGGACGAGGACAUUCAGGAAAUGAUCCGCAGGAGAAAGCAGGAAUUUUCUCUUAUUGAAAAGGAAAUAGAGAAAAAGCUUGCGGAAGAAGAGGAUAGAGAAAGGAGAAACAAUGAAGAAGAUGAUGAAGAGGAUGAAGAACAGACUAAAAGGAGGGGCAAUGAGAGGGGAGGGGGGUACAAAGGGGAAGCACAGGUAGAGAGCCAGAAAUCUGGAUCAAAUCUUCAUUUGAGUCACCAUGGGCAUCCGGAAGAGCGAGCCAAGACGGAGGCACCUAGUGAUGGAGGAACUCAUGAUGUCCGGACGAAAAAAGGUUUGGUUCCAUUCCUAGAAUCUGUUUCACCGGAGAGAAGUGAUAGGGACUCAAAUCGAACCAAAAAUAAUAGGCACCGAUCAAGUUCAGAUGGCGAGUCUAGUAGAUCAGACUCCUUAGAAACAGGCUCUAUUGCUUCUUCUAAGGCCUCCCAUAGGAAAAAGAGUUCUAAAAGCAAAAAGCAGAAAAAGGACAGAAAGAAAAAGUCAGAAAAGAAGAGAAGUAGAAGCACAAGCCGUGAGAGAAAAUCAAGGAAGAAUGGGAAGAGAGAUGAUCAUAGUAGAUCAAAGAGUCGAUCAAGAAGUCGGUCAAGUAGUAGGGAGAGACGUAGAAGAGAUCCUGACAGAGACAGUAGUAGCAGAAGAAGGUACAAAAGUGGUUCUCACAGGGAUAGUCACAGGGACCGGGAGAGAGAUCGCUAUCGGGAAAGGGAUCGCGAUAGGGAUAGGGAUCGUGAGAGGGACAGAGACCGAAGAAGAGAUAGGGACAGGGACCGUAGGAGGAGGGAUCGAAGUAGAUCCAGCAGCCAUUCAAGGAGCCAUACCAAGAGGAGCUCAUCCGACUCGAGGUCUGUGUCCGUCUCUUCACAUCGCCACCGUUCAAGAUCCAGGUCAAGAUCUCAUUCCAAACGGACAAAGCAUCGAGACAGGGGCAGGGAUUCUUCAUCUGCAAGUUCCGAUCGAUCGUCUGGUAAGAAGUCAUCAAGGCACGGACGCAAGGACUGAGCAACUUGCACAAGGUGGUACCUCUAACUUCUCCUUAGAACUAUUAUAAAAAGAAGCUCUUCCUCUCUAGCUCAAGGCUAAGAUGAUAGAAUAAGAGAGUGAUCCUAAAAGUUGCAAUACUGGUGUGCUAAGACUGCCUAUAGUUAUGUCGUCUUUUUUUUUUCAACUUUUUUCUUCUAAUGUACAUGCUAAAAGAGAGGAAGUGCUUCACUCUUUUCUUAUUUACUUUUUAUUUAAAGUAAGAUUUUCAGGAUGCUGCUUUGUCUUUUAAAAAAACAAAAUUUAUUUUCAAUUAAAUAAUUCCAUCAAAACAUUUAAAUUCCGACCUUUAUGGCAAAAUGGUCUUUGAUACAGUUUCAGGAUUAAUAGAAUCCUUAGAAUGACUUGUUAUUUUUGUAUGCCUAUUACAAUGUUCAUGUUUCCUAAAAUAGUCAAGCCUAAGCCUUUCACUUCAAACUAUCAUUCCUUCUUGGUCUAGUCGGACGAGUCUGUUCCUUUGUAGUUGUUAGGUGUAGGCAGUCUUGCGGAGGCUAGUCCGCAGUCUGGAAGAAUGGUGUUUUUAUGUUACAGGAUGAAGUGGAGCAUGUUGUCGAUGGCCGUCGACCACAACUGUGCCUGUGAUCUUAUAUAAAUCCCCAUUUUUUAUGGAAUCAACUCUAAAACUUAAGAUGGGUUUACAUUUUCUCCAUUAGUUUCUAUGGCCACCGAAGCCAGUGAUUUAAUAUACUUCAUUGCUCUAAAUCCCAUUUGUAGCUGAAAUUUGUUUUUAUUUGUAUCAGAUUAAUAAUGAAUAAUAGUUAAUCUAUGCAUUGUCUUAGAUUUCACGCAAUCAUGUGGUAAUAACUUAAUAUUGUCAUUGGACUUCCUAUCUUCAUGAUUUCUUGUUUAGGGAGUGUGCAAGUUUUCUUGCAUUCUGUGUUUUAUUAAAAAGUUCACUAAGACUG